AUGCGCGUUCUCGUAAUUGGCGGGACCGGACGAUGUGGCAGGCUUGUCAUUGACGAGCUGCUGGGACGAGGCCACCAGGUCACUACCCUAGCCCGAACACCUGAUGCGCUGGGUGGUCCACGACCCGGCACUCCGAUGAACCUAGAUGACGUACGAGCCGCGUUCAAUACAGACAAGCCCGACGUGGUGAUUGUAACGCUGAAUGCGCCUCGAGCGAGCGAUAGUCCGUUUGCUGCCGCCAUCUCCCCCCCUCGUUUAAUGGCCGACUGCAACGCCAAUGUAGUGGCUGCAAUGAAAGAGUUUGGGGUCCGCAAGACUGUGAUUCUGCAGGCAUUCGGGGUGGGAGCAUCCUGGACUAAUCUGCACAUCCUACUGCGCCUACUCAUGAAGACAUCUAAUAUGUCACAUCAGUACGAUGAUCACAACGAAACAGAAAGGGAAGUCCUGGCCAGCGGGGUCGGUUAUGUAUUUGUGAGGCCGUCGCGGCUAGUCGAAACGGACGAAACUGCCAUCAAGGUGUGGCCGGAUGACGGCAAGGGAGUUCCCAUGAUGGCCAGUACAAGUCGGAUCAGCGUGGCACGAUACUUGGUCGAUGUGGCCGAGAGUGAUGAAUGGGAUAAUACGGCUCCAGUUAUCACCAACUGAAUCGAAUCGGGAUCGGGACGGGAGGUGGAGAUGUUGCGGGGGUGGAGAUUGGUGUUGUUUAAUCGUUUGUCUGUUUUGCUUGUGGGAUUUCUGGGUCAAAGUGGGUAUGUAUAAUAUUGAUGAUGUGAUAAUAUUCCCGGCAGGUAUACGGUAUUCCUGGAUGUGUAAUGAUAAUGAGG